GCCGACUCUCCCCUCGGCUCCACUCCGAGGAGGAACCCGGUGCCCCCGGCUGAUCGGUUCCAAUUACGCUACCCCAAGAUGGAGGUCCGCAGAUGGCGCGGCUAGCGCUCACCGAGUCACCGCAACAGUCCGAGUGGCUUUCAUGACGCUUUUGUCAGGGCGACAGUGAUUGUGUGGCAUUUUUAUUUUUCCAUUUUGGAGGAGUUCUAUUCGGGAGAUACUAAGCUCCAGGUUCGGGUUGAGAGGCAGCCAUGAGCUCCGGAGAAGAAGCGGAGGAGACGACGAAGGACGCCGGUGAUAUAGAGGCGUUCUGUAAGACCGACGGAUCCCUCCCUAAAGAAUCAAAAGGAGAUGUGUCGAGCCAGAAAGCAGGCUUUAGAAGAAAUGAGGAGAUGAGAGCAAUGGAGGUGCUUCCCAUCCUCAAAGAGAAAGUUGCCUUUCUGUCAGGUGGAAGAGACAGACGGGGCGGCCCAGUAUUAACGUUUCCCUCACGCAGUAACCACGACAGAAUACGAGCCGACGACCUGAGGAGACUGAUCGCCUACCUCGCCGGCAUCCCCAGCGAGGAGGUGUGCAAACAUGGCUUCACGGUCAUUGUUGACAUGCGUGGCUCCAAGUGGGACAGCAUCAAGCCUCUGUUGAAGAUCCUGCAGGAGUCCUUCCCGUCCUGCAUCCACGUUGCACUCAUCAUCAAACCGGAUAACUUCUGGCAGAAGCAGAGGACCAACUUUGGCAGCUCCAAGUUUGAAUUCGAGACCACCAUGGUGUCACUAGAGGGCUUGACGAAAGUUGUGGACCCCUCCCAGCUGACGUCGGACUUUGACGGCAGCCUGGACUACAACCACGAAGAGUGGAUUGAGGUGCGCGUGGCGUUCGAGGAGUUCUCUGGUCAUGCCACUCAGAUGUUGACUCGACUAGAGGAGAUGCAGGAAACAGUGUCGAGGAAGGAUUUCCCCAAAGACCUGGAGGGAGCCAGGCGGAUGAUAGAAGAACACGCUGCAUUGAAGAAAAAAAUCAUAAAAGCUCCGAUAGAAGAGCUGGAUACUGAAGGACAGAGGUUACUCCAGCGGAUUCAGAGCAGCGAGUCCUUCUCCAACCGUAACAGCAGCAGCAGCGGUGGCGGCGGCGGCGGCAGCAGCAGCAGUAGCAGCGGUGGCAUUUGUAACGCUGACACCCAGGGCCUGGUGCCCCGGAUCACGCAGCUGCUGGACAAGCUGCACUCCACCCGGCAGCGCCUGCACCAGACCUGGCACGUCCGCAAGCUGCAGCUGGAUCAGUGCUUCCAGCUCCGCCUGUUUGAGCAGGACGCAGAGAAGAAUGUGUACGUGAACAUUAAUCGGAUCGUGUCGGUGGGCAGCCGGCUGCUGGAGUCGGGUCACUACGCCUCUCAGCAGAUCAAGCAGAUCUCAGGUCAGCUGGAGCAGGAGUGGAAGGCCUUCGCUGCUGCGCUGGAUGAACGCAGCACACUGUUAGAGAUGUCAGCGAGUUUCCACCAAAAAUGUGACCAGUACAUGAGUAAUGUGGACUCGUGGUGUAAGGCGUGCGGCGAGGUGGACCUGCCCUCUGAGCUGCAAGACCUGGAAGAUGCGAUCCACCAUCACCAAGGCCUUUACGAACACAUCACUACUGCCUAUUCUGAGGUGAGUCAAGACGGAAAAGCCCUGUUGGACAAGCUGCAGCGACCUUUGACCCCGGGCAGCACCGACUCGCUGACGGCGUCUGCCAACUACUCCAAGGCGGGGCACCACGUCCUCGACAUCAUCCACGAGGUGCUGCACCACCAGAGGCAGCUGGAGAACAUCUGGCAGCACCGCAAAGUGCGGCUGCACCAACGGCUGCAGCUCUGCGUGUUUCAGCAGGACGUCCCGCAGGUUUUGGACUGGAUAGAAAACCACGGCGAGGCCUUCCUCAGCAAACACACAGGGGUGGGAAAGUCCCUCCAUCGAGCCCGAGCUCUUCAGAAACGCCAUGAGGACUUUGAGGAAGUGGCUCAGAACACGUACACCAAUGCAGACAAGCUGCUGGAGGCGGCCGAGCAGCUGGCCCAGACGGGAGAGUGCGACCCGGAGGAGAUCUACCAGGCUGCUCACCAGCUCGAAGACCGGAUCCAGGACUUCGUGCGUCGCGUGGAGCAGCGCAAAGUCCUCCUGGACAUGUCUGUGGCCUUCCACACGCACGUCAAAGAGCUGUGGACGUGGCUAGAGGAGCUGCAGAAGGAGCUGCUGGACGACGUUUACGCUGAGUCUGUGGAGGCCGUCCAGGAUCUGAUCAAACGCUUCGGCCAGCAGCAGCAGACCACGCUGCAGGUCACCGUCAAUGUCAUCAAGGAGGGGGAGGACCUCAUCCAGCAGCUCAGGGACUCUGCCAUCUCCAGCAACAAGACACCCCACAACAGCUCCAUCAACCACAUCGAGAGCGUCCUCCAGCAGCUGGACGAGGCCCAGGCGCAGAUGGAGGAGCUCUUCCAGGAGAGAAAGAUCAAACUGGAGCUCUUCCUGCAGCUCCGCAUCUUUGAGAGAGACGCCAUCGACAUCAUCUCUGACCUGGAGUCCUGGAACGAGGAGCUGACGGGUCAGAUGAACGACUUCGACACCGAGGACCUGACGCUGGCCGAGCAGAAGCUGCAGCACCACGCCGACAAGGCCCUCACCAUGAACAACCUCACCUUCGAUGUCAUCCACCAGGGCCAGGAGCUGCUGCAAUACGUCAACGAGGUGCAGGCCUCCGGUGUGGAGUUGUUGUGCGAUCGGGACGUGGACAUGGCCACACGGGUCCAAGACUUGCUGGAGUUCCUGCACGAGAAGCAGCAGGAGCUGGACUUGGCGGCAGAGCAGCACCGCCGCCACCUGGAGCAGUGUGUCCAGCUGAGGCACCUGCAGGCUGAAGUCAAGCAGGUUCUGGGCUGGAUUAGAAAUGGCGAGUCGAUGCUAAAUGCGGGUCUGAUCACAGCCAGUUCUCUGCAGGAAGCAGAGCAGCUGCAGAGAGAACACGAACAGUUUCAACAUGCCAUCGAGAAAACCCAUCAGAGUGCGCUGCAGGUCCAGCAGAAGGCCGAGGCGCUGCUCCAGGCCAACCACUACGACAUGGACCUGAUCAGGGACUGUGCCGAGAACGUGGCGUCUCACUGGCAGCAGCUCAUGCUGAAGAUGGAGGACCGGCUCAAGCUGGUCAACGCCUCGGUGGCCUUCUACAAAACCUCCGAGCAGGUGUGCAGCGUGCUGGAAAGCCUGGAGCAGGAGUACAAGCGAGAGGAGGACUGGUGCGGAGGAGCUGACAAACUGGGACCCAACUGUGAAACGGACCACGUCACUCCCAUGAUUAGCAAGCACCUGGAGCAGAAGGAGGCCUUUCUCAAGGCGUGCACUCUGGCCAGGAGAAACGCAGAUGUCUUCCUGAAGUACAUGCACCGAAACAGCGUCAACAUGCCGGGGAUGCUGAGUCAUGUUAAAGCACCAGAACAGCAGGUGAAAAACAUCCUCAACGAGCUCUUACAGAGGGAGAACCGGGUCCUACAUUUCUGGACUAUGAGGAAACGUCGGCUGGAUCAGUGUCAGCAGUACGUGGUGUUCGAACGCAGCGCCAAACAGGCUCUGGAGUGGAUUCACGACACGGGCGAGUUUUAUUUGUCCACACACACGUCCACUGGCUCCAGCAUCCAUCACACACAGGAGCUCCUGAAGGAGCACGAGGACUUCCACAUCACAGCCAAGCAAACCAAGGAGCGCGUGAAGUUGCUCAUCCAGCUGGCUGACGGUUUCUGUGAGAAAGGCCACAGCCACGCGGCCGACAUCAAGAAAUGGGUGACGGCCGUGGACAAACGUUACAGAGACUUCUCCCUGCGAAUGGACAAGUACCGCUGCAGCCUGGAGAAAGCACUGGGCAUCCCCUCGGACUCUAACAAAGCAAGUAAAGACCUGCAGCUGGACAUCAUCCCGGCCACCGCGCCCGGGUCAGAGGUCAAGCUGAGGGAUGCUGCUGCGCACGAGCUGAACGAGGAAAAACGCAAGUCUGCGCGCAGGAAAGAGUUCAUCAUGGCAGAGCUGAUUCAGACAGAGAAGGCCUACGUGCGAGACCUGCGGGAGUGCAUGGACACGUACCUGUGGGAGAUGACCAGUGGAGUCGAGGAGAUUCCUCCAGGAAUCAUCAACAAGGAGCUGAUCAUCUUUGGAAACAUGCAAGACCUUUAUGAGUUCCACCAACAUAUUUUUCUGAAAGAGUUGGAGAAAUAUGAGCAGCUGCCAGAAGAUGUUGGCCAUUGCUUCGUCACAUGGGCGUCUAAUAUAGAGAACAAACAAGACUGGAUAAAGCACGUCAGGGAGGUGAUCCAGGAGCGCACCAUUCACCUGAGAGGAGCGCUCAAAGAGCCCAUUCAUAUUCCCAAAGCAACUACAGCCAAGCAUCACAAGGGACGAAGGGAUGGAGAGGACUUGGACAGCCAGGGUGAAGGCAGCAGCCAACCAGACACCAUUUCUCUGGCGUCUCGCACCUCCCAGAACACACUGGACAGCGACAAACUCUCCGGCGGCUGCGAGCUGACCGUAGUGAUCCACGACUUCAUGGCCAGCAACAGCAAUGAGCUGACAGUGAGGCGCGGUCAGACCGUGGAGGUUCUGGAGAGGUGUCACGACAAGCCCGACUGGUGCUUGGUCAGGACGACGGACCGCUCCCCAGCCCUGGAGGGCUUGGUUCCCUGCUCGAUGCUCUGCAUCGCCCACUCCAGGUCCUCCAUGGAGAUGGAGGGCAUCUUCAAUCACAAAGACACUCUGUCUGUCUGCAGCAACGACUCCAUUAUGCCAGGUUCUUCUGCUACGCUCCAGCCGGGCCAUGGGAUCGGCUCUCACAGCUCGCCAGGGCCCAAACGACCAGGCAACACACUACGCAAAUGGUUGACCAGUCCGGUGCGCCGGCUGAGCAGCGGCAAGGCAGAUGGCCACGUGAAGAAGCUCGCGCAGAAACACAAGAAGAGCCGCGAGGUGAGGAAGAGCGGGGAGAUGACGAUGGGCUCGCAGAAGGACUCUGAUGACAGUGCGGCCACUCCUCAGGAUGAAACUCUGGAGGAGAGGGUCCGCAACGAGGGCCUGUCGAGCGGCACUCUGUCCAAGUCGAGCUCUUCGGGCAUGCAGAGCUGCGGCGAGGAGGAGGGCGAGGAGGGGGCUGACUCGGUACCUCUUCCUCCACCCAUGGCCAUCCAGCAGCACAGCCUGCUGCAGCCGGACUCACAGGACGACAAGACAUCGUCUCGUCUGUCUGUCCGUCCGUCCAGUUCAGAGACACCGAGUGCCGCUGAGUUGGUGAGCGCCAUCGAGGAGUUGGUCAAAAGCAAGAUGGCUCUGGAGGACCGACCCAGCUCUCUGUCUGUAGAACAGGGGGACAGCAGCUCUCCCUCCUUCAACCCAUCUGAUAACUCCCUCCUGUCCUCCUCCUCACCCAUAGAAGAGAUGGAUGAACGCCGGGCCAGCAUCCUGAAAAGAAGACAUUACGUUCUGCUGGAGCUGGUGGACACAGAGCGAGAGUACGUCCGAGACCUCAGCCUGGUGGUGGACGGCUACAUGAGCAGGAUGAAGGAAGAGGGUCUUCCUGAUGACAUGAAGGGGAAAGAUAAAAUCGUGUUUGGAAACAUCCAUCAGAUCUACGAUUGGCACAAAGACGUCUUCCUCAGGGAGUUGGAGAAAUGUCUGGAAGACCCUGACAGGCUGGGGCCACUCUUUCUCAAACAGGAGCGGAGGUUAACCAUGUAUGUAAUUUACUGUCAAAACAAGCCUAAAUCCGAGCACAUCGUGUCCGAGUACAUCGACACCUACUUUGAGGACCUGAAGCAGCGGCUGGGACACAGGCUGCAGAUCACAGAUUUGCUCAUCAAGCCGGUUCAGAGGAUCAUGAAAUACCAGCUGCUGCUCAAGGAUUUCCUGAAACAUUCUAAAAAAGCAGGGAUAGAGUGUCCAGAUUUAGAGAAAGCUGUGGAGGUCAUGUGCAUUGUGCCAAAAAGAUGCAACGACAUGAUGAACGUGGGCCGACUGCAGGGAUUUGAUGGGAAGAUGGUGGCUCAGGGUCGCCUUUUGCUCCAGGACACGUUUCUGGUGUCUGACCCAGAGGGUGGUCCGCUCGGCCGAAUGAAGGAGAGGAGGGUCUUCCUGUUCGAGCAGCUCGUCAUCUUCAGCGAGCCCCUGGACAAGAAGAAGGGUUUCUCUCUGCCGGGCUUCCUCUACAAGAACAGCAUCAAGGUGAGCUGCCUGGGUCUGGAGGAGAGCGUGGAAGGUGACCCCUGUAAGUUCAUCCUCACUUCUCGGUCCACCAGUGGAGCUGUGGAGACCUUCGUGCUUCACUCCUCCCAUCCUGGAGUGUGUGAGGUUUGGACCCUUCAGAUCAGCCAGAUGCUCGAGAUCCAACGCAACUUCCUCAACGCUCUGAUCUCACCAAUAGAGUACCAGAGGAACCAUGUGGGGGCUGGCGAUGGCCCGUGCCUGACCACCAUGGGAGCUCCAGCUGGAGGUGGCAGCAGCACACCACCUGUAGCCGCAUGUGGAAACAACCAGAGCAGCUCCGUCCCUGCAGGACCCCAGACUGGCUCUCGUCGGCCUUCUAGGAUCCCACAACCCUCCCGACUGCCUCAACCCCUACGCCACCAGCCCGGGGCCGACGCAGAUGGCCCCAACAAAACGUUAGGUUCUUCCCCUCGUCCUGUGCCUCCUCCCCUGCUUCCUUCAGGGGGGAGUCCACAAGGCAAGCUUCCUUCCCAGACCCCAGAGGACCGUGUACAGACCCCCGCACCUGCCACCCCUGUUAACCCUAUUCCUCGUGCCAAAGUCGGGCCUCUGCCCUCCACACCGACCUCCAAAGUUCGGCCAGGAGCCGUGUCCCCCAUCGCCUCACCCCUGGCCACUCCCGCCUUUGGCAAAGAUGUCCUCCCUCCUCCCCCUCCCAGCCCCGGCCAAAAGUCCGGGUCUGGAUUUUGGAGCUCUAUGCCGGGCUCUCCAGCCAGCCGGCCUGGUUCCUUCACCUUCCCUGGGGAGGCAGGAGAGACCCCGGUCCGUCAAAACUCAAACCAGAUCUCAGCUGGCUCAGGGAAUCAAACCCACAGGCACUCCACGCACAGCAAGGAAGCCGAUCGCAUGAGUACCUGCUCAUCAACCAGUGAGCAGUCCAUCCAGUCCACCCAGAGUAACGGGAGUGAAAGUAGCAGCAGCAGUAGCGUAUCCACCAUGUUGGUGACCCAGGACUACAUGGCUCUAAAAGAGGAUGAGAUCAGCGUUAUUCAGGGUGAAGUGGUCCAGAUCUUGGCCAGCAACCAGCAAAACAUGUUCCUGGUGUUCAGGGCGGCUACUGAGCAGGGCCCAGCCGCCGAGGGCUGGAUCCCCGGAUUUGUGCUGGGGCACACCUCGGCCAUUGUCCCCGACUGCUCCGAGGGACCCAUAAAUAGGAAAUCUUCAUCUUGGCACACAUCCCUGCGUAUCCGCAAGAAGUCUGAGAAAAAGGAGAAAGAGGCGAAAAAGGAGACCAAGCUGGAAAACGGUUACAGGAAGUCCAGAGAUGGAUUGGCUAAUAAAGUUUCUGUAAAGCUUCUAAAUCCAAACUUCAUCUAUGAUGCCCCCCCAGAUUUCCUCGUACCUCUGAGUGACGUGACGUGUGACAACGGUGAGAGCGUCACCCUACGAUGUAAGGUUUGCGGUCGACCCCGCGCCACUGUCACCUGGAGAGGACCCAACCAAAGCAGCCUCACCAACAAUGGACACUUCAGCCUCGCCUACAGUGAUGCAGGUGAAGCGACGCUGCGUAUCAUCGGCGCAGCCUCUGAGGAUGACGGUGUUUACACCUGCGUUGCCACGAACGAACUUGGCAGUGUGACAACGUCUGCUAGCCUCAGAGUUUUGGCUGUGUCCACUGAUGGGCGCCGAGUGAGCUGGAAGGACAAUUUUGAGUCUCACUACACCGAGGUGGCUGAACUGGGAAGGGGUCGUUUCUCCGUGGUCAAGCGCUGCGACCACCGUGGCACCAAACGUGCCGUCGCCGUCAAACACGUCAACAAGAAGCUGAUGAAAAGAGACCGGGUGACUCAGGAACUCAACCUGCUACAGAGACUCCAACACCCGCACAUAGUCAGCCUGGUGGACACAUUUGAGACCUUCAGCAGCUACGCUCUAGUCCUGGAGAUGGCUGAUCAGGGCCGUCUGCUGGACUACAUCGUCAGCUGGGGGAACCUGACAGAAGAGAAGGUGGCCUCCUACCUGCGGAAUGUUUUAGAAGCUUUACAUUAUUUGCACAACUGCAGAAUUGUACAUCUGGAUGUAAAACCUGAGAACCUGCUGGUCUCCCACAGCUCCAGCGGCCAGCCGACGGUCAAACUCACGGACUUUGGUGACGCCGUGCAGCUCAACAGCGCCCACUACAUCCACCCUCUGCUGGGCAGCCCCGAGUUCGCCCCCCCAGAGCUGGUCCUGGGAGAUCCCGUGUCGCUGACCUCCGACCUGUGGAGCCUGGGCGUGGUGACCUACGUGCUGCUGAGCGGUGCCUCCCCCUUCCUGGACGAAAGCUCGGAGGAGACCUGCCUGAAUAUCUGCAGGCUGGACUUCAGCUUCCCCAGGGAUUACUUCCAGGGGGUCAGCCAGGGGGCCCGGGACUUCGUCUGCCUGCUGCUGCGCUCCGACCCCAGCAGGAGGCCGCCGGCCGGGCUCUGCCUCCAGGAGGCGUGGCUGCAGGCCGGCCAGGGGGACGGGUGGGCCCGGGCGGAGGGCUGCCUGGACACGGCACGCCUCAUCUCCUUCAUCGACCGGAGGAAACAUCAGACGGACGCACGGCCCAUCGGAGGGGUCCGGAGCUUCAUUCAGAGUCGGCUUCAGUCUCCGGUUUGAGCGAGACCCCCCCCCCCCCCCACUCCGGCUGCCGAGGUUUUACGGUUUACUGUGGAAACAGCUGCUGAUCUCAUCCUCCCUCCUGUCCUGUCAGCGGACACAUGGAUGGAUGCCCUCGUCUACUGCUGCUUGCUAGUUUCAACUCAUUUUAUACCCAAACGAACAAAUCAAAGCGUUACAAAGUAACUUAGAAAAAGACCGAUGAGAGGAGCGGUGUGAGCGAGCCUCGACGACACCGCCAAGAACUCUGAGGUGGAAAGCGUCGGCGCCGACGACUCGCUUCCUCUUCCUGUUUGAUCCGCCGAGGACGGACACUGAACCAGGGACACUUCGGAGAAGCAGUCCAACUGUAAAGAAACGAUGUUUAAGAAAGGAGAAGAAAAACUCAGAGAUCUGAGUGGAGAGGCAGUACAGAAUCCACCGUUGCCCCCCCUCCCCAACAAAGCGUGCUGCGCACAUGUUUAAGCCUUACACUGUAGAGACUCCUGCCUCUCCUUCACUUCCUGCUUCUGGACGGCAGGACUGUCCCAGCUUCCAGCGGCAGAUCAAAGCGGAGGCAGACCUCCCUGUAAAUGCACUUGUCGUGUGUUCUGUUUGAUUCUCAUGUGCAAUGUCGCGGCUUUAACAUUUUAUGCAACUUAUUUAUGAAGACAUCUGUCAUAUCUGGAAUAAAUCUAGAGGAGAAAGUACGCACUUGGUACUGCGAGCACUGCUGGUAGUUUGUGUUUAUUUGAGUGUUUUGGAAAAAAAAGGCCACGAUUUACAAUCAAAUUAUGCUUUGAUCAAAAAUAAUUUAAUACUUUUUGUACUGUUUGCCUGUGUAGUAUUGGUACACCAAAGUCGCUCUAGCUUUAUAGUACUUAAUAAAAAAGUUUGAUUGUUUUACAUGAGUUAGGUGACGCUUGUGGAAUGAUUGUUUACACAAGUAAAAGCAUUCAGGCGGUUUCUUACCGGACUAGACGGGAACACAAAAUUGCGAGAAAAUCCUCAAAUUUUCACGAGGAAAAGUAUGGAGACAAACAAGGGUUCAAGAUGCAAUGACUGUUUUAAGACGAUAAUGUCUUGUAAAUUUUUCAGAUUCAGAAGCGAGCAGCAGGAGGAAAUGGAACAUCAUUGUGUGUUUUGUUUUCUAGCAACUUUGGAAAAACUACCAGUAUGGCCACCCGGUGAGAAAUGCUCAAAUUUUAGUGUCCUUCUUAAAUAACGUUAGAUUUCACAGACUGGAUCAAGAGUUUUUUUUUUAAACUAAAUAAUUAACUUUCUGUAAAUGCACUUGUUGCCAAAUUAAUUUAUCCUCACUCUUUUCAUAAAAUAAGAAUAAAAUAAUCCUAGAAACAAUUUAAAAAAUAAAAUGUUGUAAGAAACCCGUAGAUAAAAAGAUGCAAAGUUCAUUAUGAGUUAAAAAAAAAAAACGAGGCCCUCGUUAUCUUUUUAUUUAUUUUUAAAGUUGUGUACAGACCAUAACAGACAAGGACACUUUGGAUACCUCAGUUUAUUCUUUUCAUUUUUCUCCAUUCUUUUUGUUGCGUUUGUUUGUUAAAUUACAUGUUUGCAAGAUUGUUUUUUUUUUAAUCUUUUUGUACAGAUCAUUUUCCUGUAAAUAAUCUCAUUUUGUCAUCAGAUUAAACAUAAGGAACACAACACACACCCUGCUGGAUAUUUUGUUUGUUUAAUUUGGUUUGUAGUCGUUCUGAGAGUCCAGGGUCCUGCUGGAAGGUAAAUAACAAUAAAAAUUAUGUUCUGUG